AUGUUAAAGACUAUGAAUAGUACAGUACUGCUGACUUUUUUUAUCGUUUUUGCGGCGUGGACAGGAUUGUUAGAAGCCCAUCCUUUGGGUGACACUUCAGAUGCAUCCAAGUUGAGCUCAGACCAUUCAUUACCAGAUAUAAUUAACUCACGUAAAGUGCCUAGUAACUGGCAAACUGGUGAACAAGCCAGUCUGGAAGAAGGCAGAAUUGUAUUGACCUCAAAACCAAAUUCUAAGGGUUCCCUUUGGUCGAAGCAAGGUUUUGAUUUGAAAGAUUCUUUUACCAUGGAGUGGACUUUUAGAAGUGUUGGUUAUUCUGGUAAGACUGAUGGUGGUAUAUCAUUUUGGUUUGUUCAAGAUUCCAAUGUACCACGUAAUAAGCAAUUGUACAAUGGACCAAUCAACUAUGAUGGCUUAGAGCUAUUGGUGGAUAACAACGGUCCAUUAGGCCCGACUCUUCGUGGUCAACUAAAUGAUGGUCAGAAACCUGUGGAUAAGGCUAAACUUUAUGAGCAAAGUUUUGCCUCCUGUUUAAUGGGUUAUCAGGAUUCCUCUGUUCCUUCCACGAUUAGAGUAACUUAUGAUAUGGAAGACAACAACUUACUAAAAGUUCAGGUGGACAACAGAGUCUGCUUCCAAACUAGAAAGGUCCGUUUUCCUACUGGUUCUUACCGUAUUGGUGUUACUGCUCAAAAUGGAGCAAUCAGUAAUAACGCAGAAUCUUUUGAAAUAUUCAAAAUGCAAUUGUUCAAUGGUGUGAUUGAGGAUUCUUUGAUUCCUAAUGUUAACGCAAUGGGUCAGCCAAAGAUGAUUACCAAAUAUAUUGACCAGAAAACUGGGAAAGAAAAGUUGAUUGAAAAAACAGCAUUUGACGCUGACAAAGACAAAAUAUCAAAUAACGAACUGUAUAGAAAAUUGGACAGAGUUGAAGGAAAAAUUCUUGCAAAUGACAUCAAUUCUUUAGAGACAAAGUUGAAUGAUGUCAUUAAGGUCCAGGAGGAAUUGCUAACGUUUAUGACUACGUUGACAAAGCAUUUUUCCACUAAGCAACCCGCUAAUGGUGAAAAAGGAAUGUCAACUGAUGAUGUGAUCGCAGAAGAUAAAGAAGAAUUUAAGGACCUUCUAUCGCUCAAUGAAAAAUUGGAGAAAAUGCUGGUAGAACAAGAAAAGUAUAGGGAAGCUGCCAAGCGUCAUGGACAAGAUGGCCCCCAGGUUGAUGAAAUUGCUAGAAAAUUGAUGAUUUGGUUGCUCCCAUUAAUUUUUAUCAUGUUAAUUAUGGCAUACUAUACCUUUAAAAUCAGGCAAGAGAUCAUUAAGACCAAACUAUUAUGA